AUGUCCGAGCACGAGGAAACGUUCCCCAACGAGGGAGGCUAUGAUGCCCCCGUCCCUGAACUUGACGACCAUCGACAGCAUUUAACUGCUCAGAGAGCUGAGCGACCGCGCCGGGGAACUUUUGAUAGUUUGUACGGCGCUCGCCAUCUCGAGUCUGGGUCUGACAACGCGGCGGUUAGAAUCCGUGAUUUUGAAGAGGCUAUCCUGGACGAAGAGGGAGAUGUCCAACCUACGCCGCGCCAUGGCCGUCGUGGAACGGUGGAAUCGUCGGUGGAUGGUAGAUCCAUCUCGCCCCCUAACUCGGUCAAGGCCUUCGCUGAGGCUCGACGUAGAGAGCGCGAGAUGUCCUUCUCCGAGGCUAGGAACGAGGUUGAGGAAGUCCUUGGCCGCGCCAUGUCCAUCUCUAGCCGACGAAGCCACCGAUCUCAUGCGGGAGAUGCCGAUAACAGAAGCUUCUUAACCAACAAGACUGCUGAGGAAGACGUUUGCUACCCUCUUCAGGAGAAGCACCCCAAGCAACACGACCUCCGGAUCGAUUUCGAGUAUCUCGAGGACUUCAUCGCCGAUGAGCGUGCUGAACGAGAUGCCCGGGCUGAGGUCCAAGCCGCGGAGAGCUUCAAAGACUUGCGACUCACUUCUACUUUACCAAAGCCGGCACAGGUGGUUACAGUGGACGGCGAUAUUCUCGAGAUACCCUCUGAUGACUCCAUGACCAACGAGAAGGUGUACUCGAAAGCUGCUCCUCCUCCUCCAAAGCCCCAUCAUACCGUCGACAAUACGCGCUUCAGCUUCUUCUCUUCCGCAUGGGAAUCGACGAUUCACGCCGCAGAGAUGGGCGAUCUCGUACUCCCAGGAGAGGAUAUCCGAGGGCUGUUUGAACUUCCAGAGGACGAGGACGGCGGUGUCUGGUGGCUCAAUGUCAAUCACGCCACAAAGGCAGAAGUGUACGGCAUUUGCAAGGCGUUUGGCGUUCACCCUUUGACCAUUGAAGAUAUUGUCACGCAGGAAGCCCGAGAGAAGAUUGAGCUCUUCCCGUCGUACUAUUUCGCGUGCUUCCGGUCGUUUAAUGUAGUAGACGAACCUGAUGGGAAAGAAUACGAGCCUUUCAACAUCUAUGUCAUCGUGUUCAGAGAGGGAACGCUCAGCUUCAGCUUUGCGCCCAACUCUCAUGCUUCGGAGGUGCGCAAGAGGAUCACGGCCCUCAAGGACUAUGUUUCUCUUAGCAGCGACUGGAUCUGCUAUGCCUUGAUUGACAACAUCGUUGAUAGUUUCGCCCCUGUUAUCAACCAGAUUGAGAUUGAAGCCGAUGCCAUUGAAGACGAAGUGUUUGUCAUGCGGGAUGACGAUUCAAAAUCGUUCCUGCGAUCUAUUGGACGCGUGCGAAAGAACUGCAUGGCCCUCCUGCGACUCUUGGGCGGCAAGGCCGACGUCCUCCGCGGAUUCACCAAGCGCUGCAACGAAAACUACCAAGUGACGCCGCACAUGGACAUUGGCAUGUACCUGGGCGACAUCCAGGAUCACGUUGUGACCAUGGCAACCAACCUUGGCCACUUUGAAAAGAUUCUGUCCCGUGCCCACAGCAAUUAUCUCGCCACCUUGUCAAUCAACAACAUCUCCCAGGGCACCGACACGAACAAAGUGCUGAGCAAGAUCACCAUUCUGGGAUCCAUUCUCAUCCCGCUCAACUUGGUCAGCGGUGUGUUUGGAAUGAACGUUCAUGUCCCGUGGGGAGGAGGUGAAAGCCUCGGGCCGUUCUUUGGCGUCAUCGGCUUCAUGGCUGUGCUCGUUAUUCUCUUGAUUUCCGUGGCGAGAUGGAAGCGAUGGAUAUAA